UACAGAGUGAGCAAGAUGGGUCACCAGCAACUCUACUGGAGCCAUCUGAGGAAAUUCGGCCAGAGCUCUCGUUCUUGCCGUGUCUGCUCCAACCGCCUCAGUCUGAUCCGGAAGUACGGCCUCAACAUGUGCUGCCAGUGUUUCCUUCAGUACACGAAGGACAUAGGUUUCAUUAAAUUGGACUAAGUGAACUUCCGUGAAUGGGUCAUUCAAGACAUCUACCUUAUGACAGAAUGCUAUCUCUUUGUACAUAAAAUAAUAAAUAAA